GAUCUAUAUUAAAAAGGUUCAAAAGUUCCUGGAAUACAGAGUUCCUACGGACCCUAAAAUUGACAAGAAAAUCAUAAGAAUGGAGCAGGAGAAAGCAUUCAACAUGCUGAAGAAGAAUUUGAUAGAUGCUGGUGGUGUCCUCAGGUGGUAUGUACAGUUACCCACUCAGCAAGCGCACCAAUAUCAUGAAAUGGAAACUUCCUGCCUCCCUUCUUCACCCUCCCAUUUUUCGGUGUCUUCUCCUGAGAAGGAGGAGGAAGUUGUUAGAGAUGAGAACUGUACUCUGCCUUCCCGACUUCAUCCUCAAGUGGCAGACAAGAUCCGGGAACUGGUGUCUCAGGGAAUAGCACAGGUCUAUGCAGUGAGGAAGCAGCUAAGAAAGUAUGUGGAAAGAGAAUUAUUCAAGCCUGAUGAAGUGCCAGAAAGACAUAACCUGUCCUUCUUCCCCACUGUGAAUGACAUCAAGAACCACAUUCAUGAAGUGCAGAAGUCACUGAGGAAUGGCAAGAUAGUGUAUAAUUCAGAAAAUAUCCCAGCAACGCUGCAGUGGACCACAGACAGUGGGAAUGUUCUCACAGAAACAGUGACUGUUACGUUUGCCUCACCACCUUCAGAUGGGAGCUUGGCAGGGGAGUCAGUUGUCACCAAAGCAGAAUCCAGCCAGAGUGGGGAGUCUUUGCUACCAGACACAGCUCGGCUGUUGUCUUCGCUCUCUUCAAUUCAGCCCAAGAUAUUUGCACAACUUCAGGGAUUACAGCUGCAGUCAACUUUCACCUCCAUAAAUGGAUCAACAGCCGUGAUAGCUGUAAAUAACCAUUCCCCUCCCAGCCCUGCAAGUCUCCUGGAUUCCAUAGGGAGUGCAGUAACCAACCAUUCUCUAGUGCUUUUUCAGGGACAUGGUCUGCAAGCAGGUGCUGAACUAACACAGCAUAGCACUGCUGCCUCUGCUUCUGAAACUCUGCCUGGCUCUUCUGAUCAGAGUCUGUUCACCAUGGGCCAGUUGGUAGCAGUUGGAGGAGUAGAUGACUCCAGGAGCCUGGAAGGAGGAGUCCAUCAGAUUCUCUUGGGAGAUGUACAGACAAUUCCAGUACAGAUUGUGGAGAGCCAUCCAGCACUUAUAAUGGUCUAUGUUGUGCUUAUGGGGACUCAUGGGGAGAAAUACAAGAGCUACUUGAGAGCGGUGGUUUCUGGGGAUGAAGGAGAACAAGUAGGACAGCUCCAGGGAGACCAGGUGGAAGAAGGUCCUGAAA